UGGCAGCACGGUCGGUGGCAGCACGGUCGGUGGCAGCACGGUCGGUAGCAGCACGGUCGGUGGCAGCACGGUCGGUGGCAGCACGGUCGGUGACAGCACGGUCGGUAGCAGCACGGUCGGUAGCAGCACGGUCAACAGCGGCGGCUGCAGAAGUACCAGAGGAGACAUGUCUCUAUGCCAGGCCGCUAUACAGAAGCUGAUGGAAUACAUUCAGCUCAACUUCACAGAGGAAGGAGAGAUCCAGAGUACCGCCCUCCGACCCACGACGCCGUGUGGAGGUGUGGAUGCGGAAGUGCGAGCCGUGUGCCUCACCAAGCGAGAGGGGGAUGGGGCAGAGCUGGGACUCAGUUUCGGUAACAUCCCUAUAUUCGGGGAUCCGGAGGGGGAGGACAGGAAGAAGGGAGGAGGGAGAAGGAGGAGGAGGAGGAAGGGGGAUCAGGGACCCGUGUUGGACGUGGGGUGUAUCUGGGUAACGGAGGUGAGGAAGAGAAGUCCCGCGGCGAGGUGCGGUAGAAUUAAACUACGAGACGAGCUGCUGUCACUCAACGGUCAGCUGAUGGUGGGCGUCGACGUCACGGGAGCCAGUUACCUGGCUGACCAGUGCUGGAAUGGCGGCUGCAUCUACCUGAUCAUGCUCCGGAGGAUCAAGCGUAAAGCCCCUCUCCCUCCGUGCAAUGGAAACGGCAACGCCACCGUCACUGGUGGCAGCGGUGGCAUCCAAGAUGGCCGAAACUCCCUGCACCAUAGGAGCAGCGUGUCCUCCGAGCCUCCUGAGAGCCUUCCGACGCAGACCGGUUUCAGCAAACGGACGCGAAAGUUUGGCAUCAUCGCCCGGUCGACGUUCAAUCGUGAUAGUAAAGAGCUGGGCCCUAAGAACGAGAGCUGGGACGAUGGCGGUGGGGAAACGCUGGAGAACGGUUACCGUGGCCACGGAGACUCUGCGAUCUCCAUGGACACGAGGGUCACGCCCCCAGAGCCUAGUAGCUGCACAACUUCCAUGGACACGCACCCAGAGGAGGAGCCAAGAGAACCGAGGACUGUUCUGCCCCCUCUAGCGAUCCCACAUCAUCUGCAGAACGGGGGAGGAACCGCCACCCUGCCGAAUCGCUUCCACAGAGGACUGUCAGAACACAAGACAGAAUCUCUCAGCAGUGACGCCUCCUGUCAGCCCAGAGAGGGGAGUCGUAUCUGGAAGAUGCACCUGGUGAAAGGUCAGGAGGGUCUGGGCAUCCAGAUUACGGGAGGACGAGGGUCCAAGCGCUCCCCGCACGGCAUCAUCAUAGCGCACGUAGAGGAGGGAGGCGCCACACAGAGGGACGGACGUCUGAAGGCUGGUGAUGAGCUCCUGAUGAUCAACGGUCAGUCUCUGGUCGGCCUGUCUCAUUCAGAGGCUGUAGACAUCCUACGCUCUACCGCUGGACUGGUACAACUGGUCGUCACUAGCAGGGAGGAGUCUGAAGUUGAUUUCCACCGGUAUCCGUCCACCAGCCUGCCGGACCUGGUCAGUACCUGCGCCUCGUCUUCUUCCUCCUCUGCUUCUCCCAGCGACAAUCUGGAGAACAUGGUACCUCAUCACAGGCACGGAGUUUGGGAGGACCUCGCAGCCAGCAGCCUCAGCCUCUCUCGGUCUCGACCAACCACACUGACUGAUCUGGAGAAGCUAGAGGACCGAGGCCGGGUGGAAGGACAGAAAGAAACCUGCCGCUCUCCCACAUCCAUGAAGUUCAGGAGCAGAUCACAAGGGGGCGGUAGUCGUCUGGAGUCUGUUGGAGAGGAUGACGAGCUGAUUGUGGAGAAUGGAGAGGCGGGGAGUGACAUGGUGGAGAAACCGACACGAGGUGGACGCAAACACUCCCUGCCUCAGCAGUUAGACACUGUAGGCAUCCGACAGGAGUACCAGAUAGUUAAGAAAUCAGCUCGCUCCCUGAGCACCUUUCAAGUGGAGUCUCCAUGGCGACUGGCCCAGCCGUCUAUUAUAUCCAACAUAGUCCUCAUGAAAGGACAGGGAAAGGGACUGGGGUUCAGCAUCGUCGGAGGUCAGGACUCUGCCCGAGGAAGGAUGGGGAUCUUUGUCAAGACUAUCUUCCCUAACGGAGCAGCGAUCGCAGACGGACGACUGAAAGAGGGAGAUGAGAUUCUGGAGGUGAAUGGAGACUCAGGGCUCCAGGGCCUGACCCAUUAGCAGGCCAUCCAGACCUUCAAGCAACUGAAAAAGGGUGUGGUGACUCUAACAGUACGGACACGUCUCCGAAGCCCCAGCCUGACGCCAUGCCCCACCCCCAUCCUUCUCAGCCGCUCCUCCUCCCGAACUCCAACGCCAGCGGGGGCAACCCCACCCCAGUACCCACCACCUUCGACGAACCCCGAAACCCGCAAGGGACCCCCAGGUCCUGGCCCCAAAGACCGCAUCAUCAUGGAGGUUACACUCAACAAAGAGCCCGGGGUGGGUCUGGGUAUAGGGACCUGCUGUCUAACUCUAGAGAACAGUCCUCCAGCCAUCUACAUCCACAGUCUGGCCCCCGGCUCUGUCGCCAAGAUGGAUGGACGACUCAGUCGAGGGGACCAGGUCUUGGAGGUGGACUCUGUGAGUCUACGCCAUGUGGCCCUGAGUGAGGCCUAUGCUAUUCUCAGUGAGUGUGGACCAGGACCAGUCAGCCUCAUCAUCAGCAGACACCCCAACCCCAAGGUUUCAGAGCAGGAGAUGGAUGAUGUCAUCACUAGGUCUUCACACAGAGACAGUCUGAGUAAGGACGGACACGCCUCUCAAACUCUAGGCAUGCCUUCUAAGAGCCCCUCCCUCACAGUGAAGGCCAAACAGGCAGAUGGCUCUUCCCUCAGCUGGACCAUGAAGAGGUUCCUGGAGCCCGCCAGCAGGCAAGGGUCUCUGAGUUCGGAGGCGGAGCUAUCUCAGUACUUUUCCCAGGAAGUAACCAGUCAUUCGUCGCUGUCGGAAACCACUGCGAUGGGAUCCAGUGAUGACGACAUGCUCCACCACAGGAGCUGUAACACCUCAAUAGACGACACCCCCGCCACUCAGCCACAUGGGUUAAAAGAUGCCUCUGGUGUAGGAGUGGAGGUCAGAACAGAUGAUAAGGCUCCCGGUGUCCCGGUGUUGAACCGGCCAGUGGAGGCCACCCAGCGCCAGCCCAGCGUGUGUAGUCCUGGUAGCAGCUCCGUCCGCAGUCCACUGCUCCGACAGAGACGAGUCAUCUGCCGUGACGAUGAGGUCAGCGAUGAUGAAGAUGCUGUUACCCUGCCCUUCCGCCAGGUCGCUGGUCGUGUUACCGCCAUGGGGGUGGUUGCUGACUCUGGCAUCAUGAUCUCUACGUCAUCAGUGGAGUUGGACGAAGAGAGUGAAGGCCCACAUAUCCUGCUUCAUAGUAAUUCUCUGGAGUCACAGGAAGGGGUCGGUUUCGUUCCUUCCUCCGGCGCAGAAUCACCCUUCAUGCCUAUCCGCCGGUCGGACCACCACCAGACCCCCGGGGGAGGAGGAGGGUCUUUCCCCACGACAGGCCCCAGUAGCCUGGGUGUGAGGAUGGACCCUCAGGGCCCCCUGGAGCCCAAGCACUCCCCUAAGCUGGAACACAAAGCUGUGACACGCGUCAAGACUAUGCUGAGCAUCGAGACCCCGCCCAUCCAGCCAACCAAUCAGCAGAACCAGAACCAGAGAACCAAAGGAGAGGAGUCUCCGACCUCCUCAUCCUCCCAGUCUCUGGCCCCUCAGCCUGGGGUAGCCUCCAGCCGCUCCCUGGGACGGCCUGGUUGUAACCCCAACCUCCUCUGUAAGAAGGGCGAGGCCUGCAGCGAGCUGGCGGAGGAGGAGCCAGCUCACUGCACCAUCGACAAGGUGGUCCUGAGGAGGAGUGAGGAAGAGUCCUUCGGUCUGGACCUGGAGAUCAGAUCCUCUCCUCUGAAGGUGAUGAUCACUGGAUUGAGGCUUGGAGGAGCGGCCGAGAGAGAAUCCCGGGGCAGGAUGUGUGUGGGAGACGAGAUCGUGUCGAUUGGGGACACGCCUACGUGCUCCUCGUCCUAUCACGACAUCUGUGAGCUCAUGCACAACCUUCCCGUGACCCUCGCGCUGGAGGUCAAGAGGCCCAUGUCAGCUGUAGAUCGCCUGUCCAGCCUCAUGAUGUCAUCGGGGAGUUGUGAUGUCAUGGGUCCCUCCAAUGGGGGGGCUCCAAAUCCAGGAAGUACCUCCUCCUCCUCCUCCUCCUCCUCACUGAUCAAUCACAAUCCCAAACCCACAACCCCAAUCAACCACAACCACAGCAACGAUAUACCGGUCACCUACAUUGAUGACGUCAUGACCAGACUAAGCUCAUCCGAUGUAAAGAGCUCUUCCAAUACCCUCAAAGCCCCUUCAGAAGCACAACGAACUGAGACUAUGGCCUGUAAGUCAGCUGUAGACAGCAAGGCCCUGCCAGAGAAUGAGAAAAGCACGGUUCAGACUCCUCCAACAUUGCCCAGUCAGUUGGACUUCUCCGUCUUGGACUCUGGAAAUAAAUGCUGCCUCAUGCCUGUGGGUAAAACAUUCUUGAACAAUUACUCCAGAAACUUUAGCAGUAAUGUCACAGACGAGGGAAUGAAUGCUCUUUCAAAUAGGGUGGAGAGACCCCCCGGUGCCUCUGCUGCCGAUUCCAACUGCAACAUGUACGACAUGGUCGGCGACAGUGAUUCGGAGAGCGAAGACAGCCGUGGCGCUGCCGGCGAUAACAAACCGGCGAGCCGCAGUGUCGGCCCUGAGCCCCAGGACACGGAUUCUGAUGAGGAGGAAGUGGAGAUUUGUUACAGUGAGGCCCAGCGGCCCAGCACUCUGAGUCAGGCAGCGCUGACUCACCUAACAGAUGGGCCAUUGUCUCCACAGCUCCAUAUCUCCAUCUCUGGCUCUGACGGCAGCCACAGUACAAAGGAGACUAGGCCCUUUGAUGUAGCACUAGACUCUGCUGCUUCCUCCUCCUCCACUGUCACUACUACUUCAGCGGCCUCCCAGCAAAACGAAGACUGCUCUGUUGUAACAACCCAAUCCAACCCCGAUCAGAAACCAUUCCCCUCACUGUCUCAGUGUCUGCCUGCCUCUGGCACUAUAUCCUCAGGUGCCUUUCUGGCUGUGGAUGCCAAAGGUUCCCCUUGCCAAGAAAUGCCCCGCCAGUCUUCCAACGACACAGAUUCUGUGCCCACUACAAGCCCUGCAGGGCCUUCAGAAAGUGGUGUCAACAGGGUUUGUGACACUGUUAUAACACAUCCAAUAAAACCCGGCCAUGCUCCUUCAUUAAGCGUCUGCAGUACCCCCAUUGCAGCGGCUAGCCACAACAUCGCGCGACAGAGUCCGGAGAGGUCAGCCCGACUCCGUACAAACGUUUCACCGGCUGCGACUUUAGGAAAACUAUCUAACACACAAUCGUCAUCAUCCCACUCAACGGUGGGGGAGGCAAAUCCCUCCAACUAUAGCAAUGUCUGGUCAGGUGCAUCUAAACCAUUGUCAACAUCGCUAACAACAAGAGACAGUCAGAAAGAGAAAGUUCCCUCGUCAAUAUCGCUGACAACAAGAGACAGGGAGAGAGAGAAAGUUCCCUUGUCAAUAUCGCUAACAACAAGAGACAGGGAGAGAGAGAAAGUUCCCUCAUCAACAUCGCUAACAACAAGAGACAGUGAGAGAGAGAAAGUUCCCUCGUCAACAUUGCUAACAACAAGAGACAGUGAGAGAGAGAAAGUUCCCUCGUCAACAUUGCUAACAACAAGAGACAGUGAGAAAGAGAAAGUUCCCUCGUCAACAUCGCUAACAACAAGAGACAGGGAGAGAGAGAAAGUUCCCUCGUCAACAUCGCUAACAACAAGAGACAGGGAGAGAGAGAAAGUUCCCUCGUCAACAUCGCUAACAACAAGAGACAGUGAGAGAGAGAAAGUUCCCUCGUCAACAUCGCUAACAACAAGAGACAGGGAGAGAGAGAAAGUUCCCUCGUCAACAUCGCUAACAACAAGAGACAGGGAGAGAGAGAAAGUUCCCUCGUCAACAUCGCUAACAACAAGAGACAGGGAGAGAGAGAAAGUUCCCUUAACAUCCCUGGACCUCAGGUUGGUCCAGAAUAACCCUAAUAGUCCCUCUCUCAGGACAUCCGGUCCCAAAUCAGUCAACAACAUUUCAACAGACAGUCCUCUAUCCAGCAGUAGCAGCAGGCUCAGAGUCAAUGACAAAGUCCAGAAGACCAGCAGCACUGCACCCAAAAUGAAGGGGCUCAACAUCAAGAGUAAAACCAAACCCCAGGAGCAACUUUCCCCAAAACCAUCCAGAGCAGAAAGUCCGUCGGUUCUGAGGAAAGCCAACAACACUUCUCCGCUCCAGUCCCCCAAACUGCAAGCCAAGAAGGUGGGCUCCCCCCUGCAAACCAGGAACGUGGAUUCCCCUCUGCUUACCAGAAAGGCAGCCGUAACCAGCAGCCUAAAGAGUAAACAGCAAGACCGGAGCAGCAGUAGUAGCCCUGCCAUGCCCGUAACAGAUGGAGGCCAGGACAACCCCACAACCACUACUACACCAGAACCAAUCAGCCAAUCACAAUCAACUACCAAGAUAAAGGUAGAGGAGCAACGUCUACACAAAGAGGUGGAGCAAGGGAUUUUGGCGGUGGCGAAGUCAAAAGAACGACCAGAGCCAGUCCAAACUACCCAGAGGACCUUCAUCGAGGUGCGACUCUCAUCCUCAUCUCCCUCCUCCACGCCUACACCAGUUCUGGCACCAAAGGAAGUUGUGUAUUCAAACGAUUACUCAAUUCCUCAUACCAAAAAUAUUUCUCAACACAAGGAUCAGGUCAAUGGAAAUCCAGUAGAGACCAGUCUAUGGUCAGGAACCCCUGCAACCCCUGGCUCGGUGUGUAAUCUUGAAAAAGUCAACAACACUACCAGUGAAUCAGCAGUGAACUCGAUAGUCCUAGAAUCCGUAGAUGGGGUUCCUUUGCCUAUGAGCAAUGGUCCCAUAGACAUCUCUCACAUGAACUGUAGUAUAACAGAGACGGAUGAAACUGAGAGCCUCAAAGCAAACAAGUCCAAACUGAAGGCGAUGGAGCGUCGUAGUUUCUCCACAGACAACAGCGUCUCAAGGGACCCAAACCCCUUCUCUGUCCGCCAGAGGAUCAAGUCCUUUGAGAACCUGGCCAGCUUCGACAAGCCAGUGCUCAAAUGCAUCGACAUCCAGUCCUUUGCUCAGUCCUAUGCUCUGACGGCAACGUUGAAGCCGCCUCUCAACCGGAGACUGUCUGGCUACAUGUCUGGAUCGGUGAGCUCCAUAGACUGUCGUUCGCUACGAAGGAGCUUCAGUUCGUGCAUCGACAACUUCAACGCAUUAACCCCCUUGACCCCAAUGUCGCCUCAGCUUCGCAAGUCGCCGUCGAGCCUGACCCUCACAAACUUUGAAUUGUUGACGCAAAGCUGCAGCACUAGCGAAGCUCCCCUCGGACAUAUCCAGGACAAACUUGGAGAUGGAGAAAGUCCCAGAAUCUCCUCAGGAGUUGUAACCCUAACCCCUCAGACGCCUCCGGUGAUGCGGAGUCGCCAGGCCCGAGGUCAUGCCAACCUGUCCCGGUCCAGACUGAGGGAGCUCAGGGCCCUUAGCAUGCCCGACCUGGACAAGCUCUGCACCGAUGACUUCUCCAGCGACCCAGGGAUCAACGCCACCAUUAAGACGUCGCUGGAGAUACACCCGGCCAGGCCCACAGAGGUCGUUCAGAACCAAACAGGGGGCUGUUCCCCGCCUGCUAACCCCACCGGGGUGCACCCGACCAGGGCCAGCUGGGCGGAUGCCGGGGCCAGCCUGGACCCCAUUCAGAGGAAAACCAACUGGCAACAGGCAGAUAUUCAGAACUGGUCCAUCAGUUUGACAGUGCUGGCUGGCUCUCCGGUGGAGCAGAGUAAGCUGCAGGCGGUCCUGGCCUCCGUGACCACCAAGACAGACGUGUUGGCACUGCUACAGGAGGCCAAGGCUCUCUCUGAGGAUAAAGAUGAUACCCACUUUGUUGUCUUCUCUAAAGAAGAGGGAUCUGGACUUGGUUUCAGCAUCGCUGGUGGAAUGGACCUUGAGCAGAAGUCCAUAACUGUCCAUCGGGUGUUCUCUAAAGGCGUGGCCGGCCUGGAAGGAACCAUUCAGCGUGGGGACAGUAUCCUGUCCAUCAACGGCAGCAGCUUGGAGGGGAUGUCCCACGUAGAAGCCGUGUCCUGUCUCCACCAGGCUAGACUGUCCACUCAGGUCCUGGUGGUUAUUCGCAGGGGGAAGGACAGUGAAGGACAGAUGUCCCCGAGACAACAUGACCUGUCCCACCACACCGGAAGAAGCUACUCCCUGGGAUGCAGAGAGAACUGGCCUGAGACGACUAGAUCUGUUAUGGGACUGGGAGUGGUGGAGGUGGGUCCUGACGGGGCUCUGAGGGUGGAGCUGCUGAAGACGACAGCUGGUCUAGGCUUCAGUCUGGAGGGGGGCAAAGCCUCGGCACACGGAGACCUACCCCUCAACGUUAAACGAGUCUUCAAAGGUGGUGCUGCGGAGCUGUCGAGGGUGGUGGACGUGGGGGACGAGGUACUGGAGGUCAACGGACGCUCGCUGCAGGGCCUCAUGCAUUACGACGCCUGGAACAUCAUCAAGGCUGUCAGCGAAGGCCCCGUGCAGCUGGUCAUCAGGAAACCGCGGACCUCUGUAUGACAGACAUACAACAGACAUACAGAACUAACAUGAAGAACCAGACAGACGUACCUCGCAGAACACGUAUGUCAUCUUGAGGUGACAUAAUAUAUAAUCCAGGACUUUCGUAUGACAGACAUACAACAGACAUAUCUCAGAGAACUAUAUAUAUAUAAAGCUACGAUGGCUGAAAUGUUAUUAUCGUGACAUAUUCUGAUGAAACGGACAGACAUUGCAAAGAAGGUUAUUUCGUUAAAGCAGACUGCAAUUCGGUCCGGAAUGUCAGAUAGAGUGUCAAAACCAGAUCGUGGAGUAUGAAGCACUCUUUCUUUUAUUAUAGUGUUUUAUACAGGAGGACAAGAGGCUAUUAUAGUGUCUUAUACAGGAGGACAGGAUACUAUUAUAGUGUCUUAUACAGGAGGAUUUAGACUAUUAUAGUGUUUUAUACAGGAGGAUAUUAGACUAUUAUAGUGUCUUAUACAGGAGGACAGGAGGCUAUUAUAUUGUCUUAUACAGGAGGAUAUUAGACUAGUAUAGUGUGUUAUACAGGAGUAUUUAGACUAUUGUUGUGUUUUAUAUAGGAAGACGAGAGGCUAAUAUAGUGUUUUAUACAGGAGGAUAUUAGACUAUUAUAGUGUUUUAUACAGGAGGACGAGAGGCUAAUAUAGUGUGUUAUACAGGAGGAUAUUAGACUAUUAUAGUGUUUUAUACAGGAAGACGAGAGGCUAAUAUAGUGUGUUAUACAGGAGGAUAUUAGACUAUUAUAGUGUUUUAUACAGGAAGACGAGAGGCUAAUAUAGUGUGUUAUACAGGAGGAUAUUAGACUAUUAUAGUGUUUUAUACAGGAAGACGAGAGGCUAAUAUAGUGUGUUAUACAGGAGGAUAUUAGACUAUUAUAGUGUUUUAUACAGGAAGACGAGAGGCUAAUAUAGUGUGUUAUACAGGAGGAUAUUAGACUAUUAUAGUGUUUUAUACAGGAAGACGAGAGGCUAAUAUAGUGUGUUAUACAGGAGGAUAUUAGACUAUUAUAGUGUUUUAUACAGGAAGACGAGAGGCUAAUAUAGUGUGUUAUACAGGAGGAUAGGAGAGUGUCUUUAUGGUGGCAUCUUGGAAUAUCUAUAGAUUUCACCUGGAUUCACCUCGUCAGUCUACGUCAUGGAAAGAGCAGGUGUUCCUAAUGUUUCGUACACUCAGUGUUGUAUACUAGUAUAACUGCUGUUGUUUAUAAUCAACUGCCGUUUGUGUACAAUCAGCUCAAUCAGACUUCACUGCAGCAAAAGUUUUUUUUUUUCUCUCUCUCUUAAAAUGUGAUUAUUUUAUGAAAAACACGAAAUUGUCACUUUGCCUUUAAAACCUUUACCUCUUAUUUGAACCAACCUUAUUUUAUGUCAAGGUAUCGGUCAGUUUACCCUGUAGGUAUCCUCUCAGUUUACCCUGUAGGUAUCCCCUCAGUUUACCCUGUAGGUAUCCUCUCAGUUUACCCUGUAGGUAUCCUCUCAGUUUACCCUGUAGGUAUCCUCUCAGUGUACCCUGUAGGUAUCCUCUCAGUGUACCCUGUAGGUAUCCUCUCAGUGUACCCUGUAGGUAUCCUCUCAGUGUACCCUGUAGGUAUCCUCUCAGUUUACCCUGUAGGUAUCGGUCAGUUUACCCUGUAGGUAUCCUCUCAGUUUACCCUGUAGGUAUCCUCUCAGUGUACCCUGUAGGUAUCCUCUCAGUGUACCCUGUAGGUAUCCUCUCAGUUUACCCUGUAGGUAUCCUCUCAGUUUACCCUGUAGGUAUCCUCUCAGUGUACCCUGUAGGUAUCAUCUCAGUUUACCCUGUAGGUAUCGGUCAGUUUACCCUGUAGGUAUCCUCUCAGUUUACCCUGUAGGUAUCCUCUCAGUGUACCCUGUAGGUAUCCUCUCAGUUUACCCUGUAGGUAUCCUCUCAGUUUACCCUGUAGGUAUCCUCUCAGUUUACCCUGUAGGUAUCCUCUCAGUGUACCCUGUAGGUAUCCUCUCAGUGUACCCUGUAGGUAUCCUCUCAGUGUACCCUGUAGGUAUCCUCUCAGUGUACCCUGUAGGUAUCCUCUCAGUGUACCCUGUAGGUAUCCUCUCAGUGUACCCUGUAGGUAUCCUCUCAGUUUACCCUGUAGGUAUCCUCUCAGUUUACCCUGUAGGUAUCCUCUCAGUUUACCCUGUAGGUAUCCUCUCAGUGUACCCUGUAGGUAUCCUCUCAGUGUACCCUGUAGGUAUCCUCUCAGUGUACCCUGUAGGUAUCCUCUCAGUUUACCCUGUAGGUAUCCUCUCAGUUUACCCUGUAGGUAUCCUCUCAGUGUACCCUGUAGGUAUCCUCUCAGUGUACCCUGUAGGUAUCCUCUCAGUUUACCCUGUAGGUAUCCUCUCAGUGUACCCUGUAGGGAUCCUCUCAGUUUACCCUGUAUGUAUCCUCUCAGUUUACCCUGUAGGUAUCCUCUCAGUUUACCCUGUAGGUAUCCUCUCAGUUUACCCUGUAGGUAUCCUCUCAGUUUACCCUGUAGGUAUCCUCUCAGUUUACCCUGUAGGUAUCCUCUCAGUUUACCCUGUAGGUAUCCUCUCAGUUUACCCUGUAGGUAUCCUCUCAGUUUACCCUGUAGGUAUCCUCUCAGUUUACCCUGUAGGUAUCGGUCAGUUUACCCUGUAGGUAUCCUCUCAGUUUACCCUGUAGGUAUCCUCUCAGUUUACCCUGUAUCUUGUCACCUAAAUCCUCACACUGACCCAAUGUGACACCUACAGUAGCUGUGUCAGAGACUCACCUCUUUCUGCAUCGUUGGAAGAUAACUCUAUUUGAAAACUGAGUUGGAUUAGUGCUACGGUGUUAAACUACUGGAGUUGAGUUGGAUUAGAGCUAUGGCGUUACGCUACUGGAGUUGAGUUGGAUUAGAGCUACGGCGUUACGCUACUGGAGUUGAGUUGGAUUAGUGAUACGGGUUACGCUACUGGAGUUGAGUUGGAUUAGAGCUACGGCCUUACGCUACUGGAGUUGAGUUGGAUUAGAGCUACGGCGUUACGCUACUGGAGUUGAGUUGGAUUAGUGAUACGGGUUACGCUACUGGAGUUGAGUUGGAUUAGAGCUACGGUGUUACUCUACUGGAGUUGAGUUGGAUUAGAGCUACGGUGUUACGCUACUGGAGUUGAGUUGGAUUAGAGCUACGGCCUCACGCUGCUGGAGUUGAGUUGGAUUAGAGCUACGGUGUUACUCUACUGGAGUUGAGUUGGAUUAGAGCUACGGCGUUACGCUACUGGAGUUGAGUUGGAUUAGAGCUACGGUGUUACUCUACUGGAGUUGAGUUGGAUUAGAGCUACGGCGUUACGCUACUGGAGUUGAGUUGGAUUAGAGCUACGGUGUUACUCUACUGGAGUUGAGUUGGAUUAGAGCUACGGCGUUACGCUACUGGAGUUGAGUUGGAUUAGAGCUACGGCGUUACGCUACUGGAGUUGAGUUGGAUUAGAGCUACGGCGUUACGCUACUGGAGUUGAGUUGGAUUAGAGCUACGGCGUCACGCUACUGGAGUUGAGUUGGAUUAGAGCUACGGCGUCACGCUACUGGAGUUGAGUUGGAUUAGAGCUAUGGUGUUACUCUACUGGAGUUGAGUUGGAUUAGAGCUACGGCGUCACGCUACUGGAGUUGAGUUGGAUUAGAGCUAUGGUGUUACUCUACUGGAGUUGAGUUGGAUUAGAGCUACGGCGUUACGCUACUGGAGUUGAGUUGGAUUAGAGCUACGGCGUCACACUACUGGAGUUGAGUUGGAUUAGAGCUACGGCGUCACGCUACUGGAGUUGAGUUGGAUUAGAGCUGCGGCGUCACGCUACUGGAGUUGAGUUGGAUUAGAGCUACGGCGUUAUGCUACUGGAGUUGCAUUGUACGGGACUUAAUGUACGUGCAUGGUGUGCAUAUCGGGUUUCCAAUCCAAUGCUCUAAACCUGAUAAUUGAAAACAAGACAUUUUAGAAAUGAAUUGAAAUGAUUAAUUUUAAUGAUUAAGUACAGAGUGCAUUGAAGUUCCUACUUCAUCCAUAUUCAUAACAUAUUUUGUAUCUCCUGAAAUUCCACAUCAUUGAUUUAACGUGUCUUACUGUUAAAGGUGUUGACAGAUAUACAGUACAGACUAACCACAUGUGAUUUCCGUUUUUAGUUUUCCCUCUGAAAUACAACAGAACCUUAGUGUAUAUGUGACAUGUCUGGUAGGUUACUGUAUAUGUGACAUGUAUGGUAGGUUACUGUAAAUGUGACAUGUCUGGUAGGUUACUGUAAAUGUGGCAUGUAUGGUAGGUUACUGUACAUGUGACAUGUAUGGUAGGUUACUGUAAAUGUGACAUGUAUGGUAGGUUACUGUAAAUGUGACAUGUCUGGUAGGUUACUGUAUAUGUGACAUGUCUGGUAGGUUACUGUAUAUGUGACAUGUAUGGUAGGUUACUGUAAAUGUGACAUGUCUGGUAGGUUACUGUAAAUGUGGCAUGUGUGGUAGGUUACUGUACAUGUGACAUGUAUGGUAGGUUACUGUAAAUGUGACAUGUAUGGUAGGUUGCUGUAAAUGUGACAUGUAUGGUAGGUUACUGUAAAUAUGACAUGUAUGGUAGGUUACUGUAAAUGUGACAUGUCUGGUAGGUUACUGUAAAUGUGACAUGUCUGGUAGGUUACUGUAAAUGUGACAUGUAUGGUAGGUUACUGUAAAUGUGACAUGUAUGGUAGGUUACUGUAAAUGUGACAUGUAUGGUAGGUUACUGUAAAUGUGACAAUGUGACAUGUAUGGUAGGUUACUGUAAAUGUGACAUGUCUGGUAGGUUACUGUACAUGUGACAUGUAUGGUAGGUUACUGUAAAUGUGACAUGUCUGGUAGGUUACUGUAAAUGUGACAAUGUGACAUGUCUGGUAGGUUACUGUAAAUGUGACAAUGUGCCAUGUCUGGUAGGUUACUGUAAAUGUGCCAUGUCUGGUAUGUUACUGUAUCUGGCAGGGUUCAAACCGUGCAUUACAAUAGCCACAGCUCUUACAUUCUGAAGCACAACUCUUGUUUCAGAAAGCUGGUUGUAAAUAUUGUCUCGUGUUACUGUACAUUUGAAUUAGGCCGACUUGAUCGUCUUUCCAUUGGUUUUAGUGUACAUUUUAAACUGUCAUUUUGAAUUCUAUGACUGACUGCAAGGUAUGUUUAGAUUGUUUUUGUGUGAUCAGUAACACAUACUGUCGUGCAGCACGAUAUUACACUUGGAGAAUUUGUACAUUUACAGGGCUAUUUUAACGGCAAUGGUUGAAAAAUAUGACAUUGCUCAGAAUAUCGUUCUAAUCUUGGGUUUUAAUGCGGUUGAUUUAUUAAAAUAAAGGAUAUUCUGUUGCUGUAAAAGGAACUGAUCUGCUGUUGAAUAUCUUCUGAUAACGGUGGUUAACAAAAAGCUACAACAAACUUUUGGUCAAUUCAGGUUUUUCUUCUACUUUGUUAAUGUUCUUUUAAUGUGUACAUUAUUAUUAUUAUUAUUAUAUAUUUUUUUGCGUUUGGUUUUGAUUACAUACAGACAGGAAAUCCAAUUUGUAAGUCGCUCUGGAUAAGAGCGUCUGCUAAAUUACUUAAAUGUAAAUGUAAAUGCUCACUUACAUGAGUGGUCAAAAGUAGUGCACUACAUAGGGAAUAGGAUGCCAUUUUGAACUAAAUUAGAGUAGAUUAAUACGUUGUGUGUGUGUGUGUGUGUGUGUGGCAGGGAACAUAGUCCCUGCGGUGCAGGGUAGGCAACCCUGUUCCUAAAGGGCCUCGGGUACAGCAGGAUAUGGUUCCAACGACGCGCCACAUCUGACCAACUGAGCUAAUUGAUCAGUUCAGUGAUUGCCUAAAUUCAUCACACCUGGUCUUCUAGAUUGGUUAAAUCCAAACAUGAAGUGCCUGCGGGAGGGUUGCCUUACCCUACUGUGGUGCUAUGAUAAAGGCCCUAUUCAGGAAGUGUCUCGUAAAUGACUAAUACAGUCUUGUGACCGCUGACCUUUGAUUUGAAUCCUAGUCGGUGACACCUUUCACACAGCACCAGGGCCUGUAGUCUUAAAGCAUCUCACAGCAGGAGUGCUGAUCUAGAAUCAGUGUAUGCUUUUACAUCAUAAUAAGUAAGAUUACAGUAUAUGGACAGGAUCGAUCUGAUCCUAGAUCAGCACUUAUAUUCUAAGACGCUUUGUGAAUAUGGGCCUAGAGUUAAAUUAAUAGUUUCUUGGAUGUGGUAUUUCUGUAAAAAAAGAAAAAAAUUAUAAUCUGUAUUUGGGAAUAUUUUUGUACAAAUCUGAAUCGGUAAUGUACACAUUUUCAGUGUCAUUAAAGCGUGUUCAAUUGUCUAUUUUAACCGUG